CCAGUACGUCGUUACACAUCAGGAAUUGGGUUUGUUCGGGUAUCAUACCUGUUAAUAAGCACCAUUGAAACGAACAAUACCCGGUUUUUGUUUGAUAUUUAUGCUGUUUGAGCCAUCUUGUGGAGUUGAAUAUGUCAGAAACGCUGAAUCGUCAAACUCACUUUCAACGAGCCAAAUGGCAACCAGACAGUGAAGCCAUUGAAUGUGUCUCAUGCGGAACUCCAUUUACAUUCUUUCAUCGCCGACAUCAUUGUCGGAAAUGCGGUUUCAUAUUCUGCAACAAUUGCUCCAACCACUUUGCGUUUCUUCCUCUCUCUCACAUUGCAUAUGCUGAAUACGAAGGUUACGAAGAUGAUAAUUCCCAAGAAAGUCUACAGGAACACGAUAAUGAUGAUUUGUUAGUACGCGUUCGUGUUUGUGAUAAUUGCUUUAAUCAAACAGAGAAUGUGACCCGUUCUUCUUCUGUACUCAUGGAUAUGUCUGUUGAAGAUGUUCGGAAUAGGGCAAUUCGCACAAAUAUAAAUCAAUCCACUGAGUUACUCGAAUGCCCAGUUUGCUGUGAAUCGUUAGCAAGCAUGGAUCAGGAAGAACAGGAAGAACACCUUCGCUCUUGUCUUGAUUUUGGGUCACCUAAUACAACAUUGAAGUCUAAUACUUUGUUAAAGAAAGCGAGACAGUACAUCUACUUCCAGCUGAACGAAGAUUCUCCCUGCCUUGGUGAAGAGUGCAUUAUUUGCUUUGAGGAAUUUGCUCCUGGUGAUAAUGUUGCACGUCUGGCGUACUGUUUAUGCAUCUUUCAUCUGGAUUGUUAUAGAGACUGGCUGCACACCGGAGCUGCAGGAUGUCCUGUACAUGCAGCGAAUAUUCACAUUUCAUGAGUCCUAUGAACAGGAUCUUGUUCCCAAGUUCCUUCUCCUUUUCUUUUGUUUCACCUCCAUCAUUUUUGCAUACUGUCAAACGCCCUUUACGCCUAAUAAUGCUUUCUUUGUUUUCUGCACUACAGCAGCUGCAUGUGUCCUGCAGAAGCUUCCAUUAUAGCAAACAGAUAUGUACCAACAGAUUACGACAAACCAUAACACGAAAAACGUGUUCACACUUGUGUUCAAACAAUUCUAUUACGAUUGCAACACCUCUCCUUCCUCCUCUUUUUUACUCAGCUUUAUCUUUUUCGUUGCAACAUCCUCUUCGUUUUCCUCCUUCAAUUUCCGAUUAGGCAGUGGACGAAUGUAGGGCUGUGCACGCCAAAACGGGACGACAGGAUAACCCCGCUCAUCGAGUGUUUUUUCAAAGCUUUCUGUGUCGUCAACAUACUCUUUGUUGGCUAGUGAAGUCUCAAUACGUUCCCGCACUUCCUGUACUAAUUGUACGAAACUCUCAAAAUCCGUUGGAGUACAUUUCACACCAAGGACCUGGCGAAGGUCCGUGUGUUUUGACAAAAAGGAAUGCAAAAUCUUAAACAAAUGACCUUUCAUUGCUGACAAAGAGCUGUAGUCCUUCGUGAGACCGUGCUCGCGGACAAUGUCAAAGUACUCUUCACACAUCUUGUCGACUCGAGGAUACAACUCUGUGUAAGGUCGGGAAGGCGACAAGAAAACCUUGGGAUUAUAGAGACUUCCUUCAGCAGACAUAACGCCGUCGACACCGGUGUAUUCGAGACAGCGUUCAAUGUCGCUGCUGUGCAAAAUGUUACCAUUGGCAAACAAAACGGUGUCCGCAGGCAGUUUUUCCCGUAACAUUUUGAUUUGAUCCCAGUCUGCGAUGCCAGUAUUUAUACCGCGUUGCUCUCGCGUCCGACCGUGGACAGUGAGAAUCGAUGCUCCCGCACGCAAGAUCAUUUUUGCGUAUUCCAGCGUCCGAGAAGGAUCCGGGAAUAUGCGAAUCUUUGCUGUUACUGGAACAGAAAGCUCUGCAUGCAACUUGGAAAUAAUUGCCUCAAUUAACUCCCAGUUGUCUUGCAUAAAAGAGCCAUACUUUCCCUUACGAGCAAUACCUUGAGGACAGCCGAGAUUCAAAUCCACUGCAACACAGUACGGCUCUGCAAGCUUAGCAGCCUGAAGCAUUGUUUCAACCUCGUUUCCACAAAACUGAACAAUUAGAGGUUUCUCCUCAGGAAUGUCCUUGGUUGAGAAAACUUUGUCACGAUAGUCUUUGCUUUCACUGAACAAACGUGAAUGAAACAUCGGGGUGAAGCACAUAUCAGCACCGCUUCGUCGAGCAAGAAUUCUCCAUGGAAGUUCAGAUUGAUCAACCAUAGGCGCCAAAAUUCUCUUCGGAGAGCCUAUACUUUCGUAGAAUGCUCUACCGUGCAGCUUCUUUGCAAUCGUCAUGCUGAAUUGACUAAACUGCCUCUCGGUCAGCCGUUUUUGUUUUUGGAAAGCAACGAAGUGUGGCCAAGAAGAGAGUCGGGUGUAAGGAUGGCAAAAUCGGCCAGCAGCCAGUCUUUGGAGAUUUUUAGACAACACGAUUCCAGAAUAUCUGUUAAGUGCUGUUGCGUAAAGUAAAUAAGGAUUCAUUACAUUUUUAUUACCAAGAAGUGUUUUAUGUUCUCGUUUUCACUAAACAAACAGGAACUAUGUUAACUACUGCCACCAAACAGCCGGCAUAAGGAAUGAAAAUACGAAUCUGGAUAAAAAAGCUGCAGUAAUAAGAUCAUUUGAACCAUUUCUCUAACAAGCUGCCUGGGAAUCCUUUUUUAAGAAUUGGAAUCCCAAAACACUUGAAUAUUUCUUUUCGUUACAAAUGUCAUUUCUUAUUAAGAGGGGA